GUCACAGUCUCAUUGGCAAUGGCCAUCGGAGUCCAUGCAAAUCAUGCAGCUCCCGCCGAUGCGUCGAUUGGCCGGGGCGCGCAGAGUCAGAAUCCUUGGACUCGGGUUCUCAUUGGCCGCGCGGCCUGACGUAAAAGUGACGCGAGGCGGGUUCUAUGCUGAGUGAGCAGUAUCCCUCAGGCCGGGGCUCCACGCGUGGGUGGCGGCGGAUUGGGCGACCCCCUCGGUCAGCACUGGACCCACGAGUCCUCGGGUUCCGCUGGGCACCGGCAGCCCGAUCGCUGGAUCCAUGGUGCGGGACGCGUUCGGUAGCGUGGAUCCGGUGCCCGUCUCCUAGAUGGUGCAGGGAGUUGUGGAGGCCCAUGUGAGGUUGUAUGGGCAGCAUGGAUGACUGGCACAGAGUCUUCACCCAGAACACACUGGUCCCUCCCCACCCACAGAGAGUGCGGCAGCUUGGGAAGGAGUCUACGGCAUUCCAGUGCAUCCUGAAGUGGCUUGACGGGCCACUCAUCAAGCAGGGAAUCCUAGACAUGCUGUCCGAGCUUGAAUGCCAUCUGCGAGUGUCCCUCUUCGAUGUCACCUACAAACAUUUCUUUGGGAGGACGUGGAAAACCACAGUGAAGCCCACCAAUCAACUCUCUAAGCAGCCACCCAGGAUCAUCUUCAAUGAGCCCUUGUACUUCCACACCACCUUGAGCCACCCCAGCAUCGUGGCUGUGGUCGAAGUGGUCACCGAAGGCAGGAAAAGGGAUGGCACCCUGCAGCUGCUGUCCUGUGGGUUUGGAAUUCUUCGCAUCUUUGGCAAUAAGCCAGAAUCUCCCACCUCUGCAGCCCAGGACAAACGGUUGAGGCUGUAUCAUGGCACCCCAAGAGCUCUCCUGCACCCACUUCUCCAGGAUCCCAUAGAACAGAACAAGUACCUGACGCUGAUGGAGACCUGUAGCCUGCAGUACACCCUGAAGCCACACCCAGCCCUAGAGCCUGCCUUCCACCUGCUUCCUGAGAACCUCCUGGUGUCUGGUUUCCAGCCCAUCCCGGGCCUCCUCCCCAGUCACAGCAGCGACACAGGUGACACCCUGCGGAAGCCUCGCUUCCAGAAGCCCACCACGUGGCACUUAGAUGACCUCUUCUUCACCCUGUACCCCUCCCUGGAGAAGUUUGAGGAGGAACUUGUGCAGCUGCUCAUCAGCGACCGCUUCCGGGAGGGGGUUGGCAUGCUGGACAGCGGCACCUUAGAGGUCCUGGAGCGGCGCCUGCACGUCUGUGUCCACAACGGGCUGGGCUUCGUGCACAGGCCACAGGUGGUUGUGCUUGUACCUGAGAUGGACGUGGCCUUGACACGCUCGGCCAGCUUCAGCAGGAGAAUCAGUGCCUCUUCUAAGAACAGCUCCGGAAAUCAGGCUCUAGUUUUGAGAAGCCACCUGCGGCUCCCAGAGAUGGUCAGUCACCCAGCCUUUGCCAUCGUCUUCCAGCUGGAGUAUGUGUUCAACAGCCCCUCAGGAGCGGAUGGCAGCGCCAGCACGUCUACCUCAGUGUCCAGCUUGGCGUGCAUGCACAUGGUUCGAUGGGCUGUUUGGAACCCAAGUCUGGAAGCGGCCCCAGGAAAGGUGACACUGCCUCUUCAGGGCGGGGUACAGCACAACCCCUCUCGCUGUCUGGUCUAUAAGGUGCCUUCAGCUAGCAUGAGCUCCGAGGAGGUGAAGCAGGUGGAGUCCGGAACCAUCCAGUUCCAGUUCUCACUGAGCUCAGAUGCCCCCACAGAGCAUGCCAACGGCCCCAGGGCAGGGCGGCGUUCCUCCAGGAAGAUGCCAGUGUCCCCUUCAGGCACACCAGCACCAGCAGCCCGGGAUCUUGCUGCAAUUCAGGACUCUCCUGUUGGCCCAGGGCUCUCGCUCUCCCAGCUGGUGGCCUCCCCUCCGUCUCCAGCUCUGCGAAGCUCUUCCAAGCCCCCUCCUCAGCCCCCGGACAGCUCUCAGUCCCCAGAGGGUCCCCAGCUCCAGGCCGAAUCUGUACUAGAGAGCAGGAUCUCUCACCUGGAAGCCGACCUGAGCCAGCCGCCCUCGCUCCAGGGAGCGCCUGCUAUGGAACAUCUACAGGAGCUGCCCUUCACUCCUCUGCACGCCCCCAUUGUUGUGGGAGCCCAGACCAGGAGCUCUAGAAGCCAGCUCUCCAGAGCUGCGAUGGUGCUCCUGCAGUCUUCCGGCUUCCCGGAGAUCCUUGAUGCCAGGCAGCAGCCAGUGGAAGCCGUCAAUCCCAUAGAUCCUGUGAGGUUCAACCCUCAGAAGGAGGAGUCGGACUGUCUUCGAGGGAAUGAGAUAGUGCUGCAGUUUCUUGCCUUCAGCAGAGCGGCCCAGGACUGCCCAGGAGCGCCGUGGCCACAGACUGUGUAUUUCACCUUCCAGUUCUACCGUUUCCCACCCGAGACCACGCCGCGCCUGCAGCUGGUCAAGCUGGAUGGGAUAGGCAAGAGCAGCUCUGGCUCCCUGUCCCACAUCCUUGUCCUCAUUAAUAAAGAUGGCUCCUUCGAUGCUGGCUCCCCUGGCUUCCAGCUGAGGUACAUGGUGGAUCCCGAGUUCCUGAAGCCAGGAGAACAACGCUGGUUCGCCCACUACCUGGCUGCUCAGACGCUGCAGGUCGACGUCUGGGAUGGAGACUCCUUGCUCCUCAUUGGGUCUGCCGGCAUCCAGAUGAAGCACCUCCUCCGCCAAGGGCGGCCAGCUAUUCAGGUCUCACAUGAACUGGAGGUCGUGGCCACUGAGUACGAACAGGAAAUGAUGGCGGUGAGCGGCGAUGUGGCUGGCUUUGGCAGCGUCAAGCCCAUUGGAGUCCACACGGUAGUGAAGGGCCGGCUGCACCUGACCUUGGCCAACGUGGGUCAUGCGUGUGAGCCGAGAGCAAGAGGUUCCAACUUACUGCCACCAUCCAGAUCUCGGGUCAUCUCAAAUGAAGGAGCCAGCAUCUUCUCUGGGGGAAGCCUCCUCACACCAGGAGGCCCCAGGCGAAAGCGAGUGGUCCAAGCUCAGAAGCUGGCGGAUGUGGACAGUGAGCUGGCCGCCAUGCUGCUGACCCACAUGCGAGCUGGCCAGGGGCCCCAGGCUGCAGGCCAGGAGGCAGAUGCUGUCCACAAGCGGAAGCUGGAAAGGAUGCGGCUGGUGCGCCUGCAGGAGGCGGGAGGGGACUCUGACAGCCGCAGGAUCAGUGUGCUGGCCCAACACAGCGUCCGUGCACAGCACUCACGGGACCUGCAGGUCAUUGAUGCCUACCGGGAACGUACCAAGGCUGAGAGCAUUGCCGGAGUGCUGAGCCAGGCCAUCACCACCCACCACACACUGUACGCCACACUGGGCACUGCUGAGUUCUUUGAGUUUGCACUUAAAAACCCACACAACACUCAGCACACGGUGGCCAUCGAGAUUGACAGCCCUGAGCUCAGCAUCAUCCUGGAUAGCCAGGAGUGGAGGUACUUCAAGGAGGCCACCGGCCUGCACACGCCGCUGGAGGAGGACAUGUUCCACCUGCGUGGGAACCUGGCACCCCAGCUUUACCUGAGACCCCGGGAGACUGCCCACAUCCCCCUCAAGUUCCAGAGCUUCUCUGUGGGCUCACUCGCUCCAACACAGGCCCCUGCUGAGAUGAUCUUAGAGAGGGACACAGAGUCUGGACCCCUUUGGAAGGGCAGUGCCAUGCCUACAAAACACACCAAGGUCCUUUUCCGGGUGGAGACUGGCCAGCUCAUUGCUGUGCUCUGCCUGACCGUGGAGCCCCAGCCGCACGUGGUGGACCAGGUUUUCCGUUUCUACCACCCAGAACUCACCUUCCUGAAGAAGGCCAUCCGCCUGCCUCCCUGGCACACGCUUCCAGGUGCUCCGGUGGGGAUGCCUGGCGAGGACCCCCCAGUCCACGUCCGAUGCAGUGACCCGAAUGUUAUCUGUGAGGCCCAGAACGUGGGCCCUGGUGAGCCGAGGGAUGUGUUCCUUAAGGUGGCCAGCGGUCCAAGCCCUGAGAUCAAAGACUUCUUUGUCAUCAUCUAUGUGGAUCGCUGGCUGGCGGUGCCUGUGCAGACAUGGCAGGUCUGCCUCCACUCCCUGCAGCGCGUGGACGUUUCCUGUGUCGCAGGACAGCUGACCCGUCUGUCCCUCGUCCUACGGGGGACACAGACCGUUAGGAAAGUGAGAGCUUUCACCUCCCACCCUCAGGAGCUGAAGACAGACCCUGCCGGUGUCUUUGUGUUGCCACCUCAUGGGGUACAGGACCUGCACGUGGGCGUGAGGCCGAGGAGGGCUGGCAGCCGCUUUGUCCAUCUCAACCUGGUGGACGUAGACUACCACCAGCUGGUUGCGUCAUGGCUCGUGUGCCUCUCCUGCCGCCAGCCACUCAUUUCCAAGGCCUUUGAGAUCACCAUGGCAGCAGGGGACACGAAGGGGGCCAACAAGCGGAUCACCUACACCAACCCCUACCCUUCUCAGAGAACCUAUCGUCUGCACAGUGACCGCCCUGACCUGCUGCACUUCAAGGAGGACUCCUUCCAGGUGGCGGGAGGAGAGACCUACACCAUCGGCCUGCGGUUCCUACCAAGUGGCAGCGCCGGACAGGAGGAGAUCCUCAUCCACAUCAAUGACCAUGAGGACAAGAAUGAAGAGACAUUCUGUGUGAAGGUCCUCUACCAGUGAGGGGCCAGCCGUCAGGCUGGUGCCCAAUCAGAGUGCCCCUCCUGGCAGCUGUCGCUGUGGCCCUAGGACUGGCCCGCAUGGCCCAUGAGCUGGCUGUGUGCAGAGACGGAGCUGCUCCUGGCCCUGGCGUAUCACCUGGGCUAUGCUGAGAGUAAUCCUCCGGGCAAAUGUGACCUCCAGGGGUCACAGCCGUGCCUCACUUGGCCUGUGACACGCACAAGGCUGUGUUACUCCCCGAGUCUCUCAGCCUGUCACCGUCUAGAACAAACUGUGUUUUAUAAAUCGUUUCCAAUGACAAAAUUAUGUUUUUCUUACUAGAUUUUUAAAAAAUGAACAUAAUAUAUUUUAAUUUGCUAUGUAUUUUAUACUGAAAUUCUUUUGUAUCUGUUGUUGUUUUUUUUUAAGUUAUUGAAUGAAGCAUCUCACUUCUGCCGUA